AUGCGACCGGUCGGUUGGUUAUUAUUGUUACCUAUUGUUAUAUUUGCAUGGCCUCGAGGCGUUUAUCUGCCAGCCGGCUUAACGACAACGAUUCUUGGGUUUGGAAGUGUUUUUGGUCAAGAUGGUGGUGGGUUCUCAUUACUUUUGAAACGCGAAUUUUUAAAAUUUAAAAUUUUUUGAAAUUUCAAUAUUUUGAAAUUUGAAGUUUAAAAAUUCAAUUUUAAGGCGACUCCACGACUACUGAUGAGACAACUAGUGUUACCGAUGAUACAACAACAUAUACAGGUAAUACCACUGUACCAGUCGAUAACACUACCACUUCAGACAGUAAUACCACUACAGUAUCCACUAAUACUACGGAGAUUUCUACUACCACGGAGAUUACUACAGUAACCCCAAGUACCACUGAAGAGCCCCACAGUACCACCAAAGAGCCCUAUAGUACCACUGAAGAGCCCUACAGUACCACCGAAGAGCCCUAUCGUACCAGUUCGGAACAUUCGAUAAGUCCAAACUGGACACUUCCACCAGUACCAACAGCUCUUGUGUACGAUGCUGAAUUGCAUCAUGGGCUGGUACUAGGACUGUUUAUCGUUGGGACAUUGCUUGGGGCUACGAAUUUGGUUAUGGCUUGGCUACUGGUGGUGGAGUUUCAUUUAAAGGUAAAACGGCAAGAACUUUCUUUGCAAGACAAAUAAUGGCAAGAACUUUGUUUACAAAACAGAAAAUGACAAGAACUUUUUUACAAAACAAAAUGGCAAGAACUUUCUUUACAAAACAUAAAAUUGCAAGAACUUUUUUUUACAAUGUAGAAAAGUUUUCCAUCGUAUAACUUGUCACCCGCAGGCUGCAGAACACCAAGUUUCGUUAUUUUUUGAUAAAAUGGCAAGAACUUUCUUUACAAAACUUAAAAUAACAAAAGCUUUUGUUACAACGAAGAAGCGGGCCAAUUUUUAACAUAGGACUUUGUUUUCAGCAUCUCCAAAUGCUCCAAAUGGUAAGACACAAGCUAGAAGUGGCAGAACGGAUUCUGUUCGAACGUGCCCUCUCUGACGAGAUCCUCGGCCUUCUACAGGACAUUGGCUUCGAUGCGAACAAGUACGAACCACAGUUGCUAACUCAUAUGCAAGUGGUUGACAGCGAGCAGCAAAAACCGGAUAGUAUGGCACAAACUCGAAAUCAGUCUACCAAUCAGACGACUGGCGCUCCGUCUACUGGAAUGAAUGGAUAAUUUAAAUUAUACAUAGGGCCAAUAAACUGUUUUUGAAGAGGUUUACGAUUGAACAUGUUUUAAAAUGCUUGAAAAUUGUUGUGUACGGUCCAGAGAAUCUUAUUUUUACAAGGACAUGUUUUAUCGUAUAACAUGUCGCUUGCAGGGCGCAAUUGUUCGGCCGCAGUCGUUUAGUGACAAAGUUGUAUUUGCUUUGAGGAAUUGCUUUGAUUGCCUUUUCUUCUUGUUUUCUUUGAGCUCUUGGUUUGAAAUUUGAUAAAAUUGUUCAAUAUACAACAAAAUUGCCUUUUUGAGUGCUUUCUGUAGAAAAAUUGUUAAUUUUUUGACGUUUUACACGUUUUUUUGAAGUUAAAGUCAGGUGUUCGAGGUUAUUUUGGGCUGAAUGAACGGGUUUUACGUGUAAAUAUUGUUUCUUUUGAUGUAAUGUUAUGUUUUCUAUGUUUUAGGGGACUUAUAGUGUUUGAUAAAUGAAGAAUACAGGGGUUACGAGCAGAAGAACAUCUUCAAUUUUCCAAUUUCUGGUCAGCUGGAUGAAAACCAACAGAACUGGCUAAAUGACAGCUCAAAUUUGAUGUCAUACGAUUUAUUUGAAGAAGAACAAGUUGUUUGGCAAUGUAAGUAUUGUGUUUGCUUUGGUUUUUUUGUUUUUAGAUUGAUUUCGAGGGUUUUAUCUUAUUCUUGGCAUCAGUAAUUAUGGAUAACAUGCUUUUAAUAAAGUUUAUGCUUUUCAGAUGGAUUUGAUGGAUUGUACGUUGGAAUGAUGUGAGCCAGAUUCUGGGCCUUGUGUUGAGUUGCAAAUCAAGGUAUGGAGACCACGGUGGAGCUCGGAAUGAACGUUUGAAACAUUGAUGAUGGUGCUGUAGAUGUAUGAAAAAAUAAUGAACGUCAAUUGGCAUUUGUGGCUGAUGUAAGUUGGUUUUAUUACGUAUGUUGUAGUUAUUAUGGUUUUGAAAAUAAAACAAUUAAUAAGAUAGGAUAAAAUUACGGGGUUUUGAUUGAUAUUAUCUAUGGUGCUCUGAUGUUAUUGGUAAUAUGAAAUUUUUACAAAAAAAAUCUGUAUUGUAAAUUUGAUGAUUUAUUUAUAUUCUUUGUUGAAUUGUUUAAGUUUUAAAUGCAAACUUUCUAAUUUUACAUUUUUUUUGUGACUGAAUUAGUAACAUAGGCUUCAGGUGGUCACGGAUAACUUUUUGAGAGCUUGAACAAUUUUGAUAUUGAUGAUUUUUGUUUGAAAAGUAGUUUUUGUUUGUUCUACAAUUUUCACGAUUUUUCUAUAAUAGAUGUGAAGUGUGUUGUUAUUAUUACUUUGAGAAAGAACGGUUAUUAACAUAGACAUCAGGUGUGUCAUAGAUAAUAUAAGAAUCUGGUUUGAAUAUGAUAAUUUUUGGUUGAUUUUUGUAAAUUUCUAUAUUUUAAUAAUGUAUGCAAAUGUUUUAGAUGUUGAUAUUGAUCUGGUGGAACGUUCAGAAAUGCUCAAACAUCGAUCAAGUUGUUGUUGGACAACAUAGAUAUCGGAGAAACCAUACCAAUAUUGGACAAGGGACCAAAAUGGCAUCUGAAGUCAGAAAGAUCAGCUCGUAAUCUAAAGAGCUUGAAGAAAGAAUGCUAA